AUGAAUGAUGAGGAGGAGGACGAGGAGGACGACGAGGACGAGGAGGACGAGGACGAGGAGGACGAGGACGAGGAGGACGAGGACGAGGAGGACGAGGAGGACGAGGACGAGGAGGACGAGGACGAGGAGGACGAGGACGAGGAGGACGAGGACGAGGAGGACGAGGACGAGGAGGACGAGGACGAGGAGGACGAGGACGAGGAGGACGAGGACGAGGAGGACGAGGAGGAUGAACUGGGCCAUACAAACUCUGGUACAAACUACUAUGUUACUGGUGAUACACGUGAAUCCUGGAUGAUCAAAGAACGGACGAGAGAAGCUCAGGCUGUGUUCGUGAUUCUAGACGGCCUGUUCGGAGGAGGGAUCUCAAGAGACGUGAGGCGGUACUUGAGAAGCAAGCUUGGGGGGUGUCGCUUCCUGUCCGUCAAGUGUGGUCAUGUCUCAAGCGUGCAUGAUCGAGCUGUAGAAUGCUUCUACGCUCUCAAAGGUGGUAGGGUCGACUACAAUGCUGGAGGAUACGCGCUAGAGGAGGGGCAUGGAAGGUACGGGGGGCGAGACAUGGCUGGCUUGUAUCCUGAAUGGAGUGAGGAGCGUCCCAUCCACAUCCUUGCCUACAGUCUUGGAGCCCCGACAGCACGAUACCUGCAGUACCUCCUCGCGCGAUCCGAACUGACGGACGGGCGAGGAGGACGGCAUGUCACCUCAGGGCGGUGGAUACGAAGCAUCUGCACGCUCAACGGGGUGAACAACGGAACGUCUGCUGUGUUUGCCGUGGGGUUGUCGCCCUCCUCUCUUCGCCCUCUUCCUGCAAGCAUUCUCUGGUGGAUCUUCUCCCUCAUCUACUUCCUCGUCUGGUGCGAUCACGACCCAGAGAACGAGUGCCUCGGACUGCGCCUGCGCCAUUGGAAUGUGCGCAGGGAGCAGGGAGUGUCCCUGCUACGGCUCCUCUUCCUGUGGCGUCCGGGAGGGCAAGACAACGGAGGGAGGGACCUCAGCCCACAGAGGAUGCGCGAGCUGAACGAUAAGAUGAAGGCAGUCCUUCCCUGCAGUGAGACCAGGUACCUCGCGUGCUUCUCCUCCUCCACGCAGCAGUGGAGGAUGUUGGGGAGACUGCAGCUGCCAACGGUGAAGCUCUUGCGCCACCUCCCCUUCGCUCUCUUUCUCCUCCCUCUCAGCCUCUUCGUCAGCUUCCUCGCCUUCGUCAGGCGCAUCUCCUCCUGCUCCAGCGAAGCUACUCGCCGCGCCAAGCACGAGAAAGUGCACGUGAAGUCGGUCGGGGGGGGAGAGGAGGAGCAGGAGGAGGACAAGACAGGGACCUUGAGGACGGGCUCCGUUGCCUGCAACGCCUGCUGCUCCGCCAGGUCGUCUUGCUCCAUCUGUACAGCAGCAGAGGAGGAGGAGGAGGCCAACGACGGGCUCGUUGCCGUGGCUGGUCAGCUUCCUCCGCGAACAGAACCUGUGGUUGCCACCUACUCGUGCAUCUGCAAGCUGGAGGGCGCAGGUCGGAGGCUGCAGGGAGGAGGCUGGACGAGCGUCCGCGUGUGCCAUCGGGAUCACAUCGACAUGACGGAGGACGGGGAGUGGCAGAGGAGAUGGCUAGAGAAGCUCUGCAUGCUCAUAGCUGCCUAGUGCGUUCACUUGCAGUCGCCCCUCCCUCCUCUUCCUCCUCCUCCUCCUCACUUCGUUUCCUCCUAUCCCUCGCUCUUUUAUCGGCAGAUGUCGCAAACGUCUACUGAAAUCACCUGCUGCUUCCCGUCUUUCACGAG